AUGGCUGAAGUUGAUAAUAAAUUUUCAACUGAAGAUCUUAUGGAUGAAGGAGAAAUUGGUCGAGGAGCAUAUGGAUUUGUUAAUCGUAUGGUUCAUAGACCUACGAAAACAGCUAUGGCAGUUAAGAGAAUACGUUCAACGUUAAAUGAACGUGAACAAAGAAAUACAUUGAAAGAUUUAGAUGUUGUUAUGAAUUCAGCAAAUUGUCCAAAUAUUGUUCUAUUUUAUGGUGCAAUAUUUACAGAAGGUGAUUGUUGGAUAUGCAUGGAAAUGAUGUCUACAUCAUUAGAUAAAUUUUAUAAAUUUGUUUAUAAUUAUUUACAAUCACGAAUCCCUGAAAGUAUUAUUGGGAAAAUUACUACAGCUACUGUUUCAGCACUUGAUUACUUGAAAACUGCUCUUAAAGUCAUUCACCGAGAUGUAAAACCAUCAAAUAUUCUGAUCGAUUGUAACGGUAAUGUGAAAUUAUGUGACUUUGGUAUAUCUGGUCAGUUGGUUGAUAGUAUUGCUCGAUCACGUGAUGCUGGUUGUAAACCGUAUAUGGCGCCAGAACGUAUUCAUCCAGAGUUAAGCGCUAAUGGUUAUGAUAUACGUUCAGAUGUAUGGAGUUUAGGCAUUACUUUGAUUGAAUUAUCCACUGGACAAUUUCCUUAUCCAUCAUGGAAUUCCGUAUUUGAACAACUCACUUGUGUAUUAGAUAAUGAUUCACCUAGUUUACCGGAAUACUUACCAAAAUCUAUUCAAACUUCAUCAUCAACUACAACACUUGUCAAUAUUGAAUAUUCCAAUAAUUCAAAUGAAUCUUAUUCAUCAUCAUCAUCAUCAACAACAACAACAACAGAUUUUUCAUCUGAAUUUCGUAAUUUUGUUUCACAGUGUUUAGAGAAAGAUGUGAGAUGUCGACCGAAAUAUCAAGCACUUAUGCAUCAUCCAUUCUAUUUACGUUCAUUAAGUGAAUUUAUUGACGUUGGAAAGUACUUUCAAUCGAUAUUAAAUAAAGUUCCUCCUCAUAUGAAUAUGAAUGAAUUAAGUCAAACUCACAGUUGACAUUAUGCCCUAUCUACUUAUUUAUUUAUAUUAUCUAUGAAUAUCUCUUUGUUUUCGGAAAUAACACCAUGUAUCAUUCCAGUCACGUCGUAUGCUGUAUGCAAGAGAUUUGACCGCGUAAGUAAAAUCCUUUUUCUCUGUUUUAAAUUUCCCGCUGUGCAAAUAUUUCAUUAUUAGUACUUUAGAUAAACACUAAAAUGAUUUUUAAAAAAAAGCAACCCACAAUCGUUUCUCAUAUGUGUAUACAUAACUUUGUUUCAUUUCCAUUUUGAUUAUUGCAAGUUAUCUGUGUGGGGAUACGUGUGUAUUGAGUUGAUUUGAGAGUGUUUAUACAUAAAAGUUUAUAUGGAGUGAAAUCAUUCUUUAUUUCUGAUUGCUUCCCUCAUUGUUUUUUUUCUAGAAAAAAACAAACAAACAAACAACCGGUUUCAUUUGUUUUCAUUGAAAACUUUUUCUUAUUGUAUAAAUUUAGAUAUUUAUUCAGAUAUUACUUAUGAAUUUGUGCAAUUAUUAUAAGUAGUAUAAUAAUAGUACUAUCAUAACUCACUAUUUUUUUUAUCAUUGUUUGGCUUUCUGUGUACAUGCGUACUUGCGUAGUUCGACAAUUUCUUUGUUUACUUGGCUGUGACAAUCGAGUUUCUGUUAAUCUAUUGCUCUUAUAGAUAUAGGCGCCAUCAUUAUAUUUCAAAUUUUUAUGUUUUCCCAUUACUGUUUUCAUUAUUAUUAUUAAUGUCAUAAUCAUGACUUUCAAUUGCCGUGUUACAAGUUGUAUAAAUCCUGGAUACUGUAUUUGCUGAAUGUUUUGUUAUGUUAUUUAAUGUGAAUAUAUGUAGGAUCUAGUUGUC